UGAGAAUUGGCUGACUUCACAAAAGGCCUCCAGCCACCCACCUCGGCCGCCACCAACGCCCAGGCUCCGGGCGGACCCAUCUCUGCCGCCGUCCGCCUGCCCCACCCGGGGCAGGCUGCGGGCGGACUUCGGUCUGAUGUAGACCAGGGGACUGAGGUGCCAUGACCAGCCACUACCUGCCUUCCACUUUGGCCAGCCACAGACACCCGCGGGGACCCAAGACUCCGGGACCCAGGAGCCUGUAACGCGGCCGCCCAUUGGCUCAGCUUGGCACUGCUAGUCCGGGGCACUUCCAAAGGCUUGGAAGAUUGGCUGAAGCUCCGGGCGCCGCGGCCAAUUGGCGGAUAGGAUCGCGUUCUAGGGGGCGGGUUCCGCCUGGGCCCCGCCUCUUUCUGCGGCCCUCUUCGCUCCACAUCCGGUUUCGUCCGCCGUGCGCCUGGAGCUGCUUCGGACUCCUCUUUCUUUUCUGCUGCGCCGGUUCAAGAACUAGGAAUGGUUGGAAAAAACAUCAAGUGAAGAAUUAUGAUUUGUGACAUGUGAAAAUUACGUGGAACUCCUCAAUGGUUGAAUUAUCCUAGCUGCCGUCCUGGAUCACUCCCCCUCUACCUCACCACUGCCCUGUUGCUCCAAAGAUGAAUUUAGGGCAAGAGGGGAGAGCCGGAGCGCCGCUGUCCUUGGAGUCUGCAGCGGCGGCAGCAAGCCACACGGCCGCGACUGUGAGCGUUGGUCGCUGUGCAGACGCCAGGAGAGCAUGACUGAUGAUGUGACCAGGACCUUGGGGAAAGGGAGCGCCCCCCCAGGGCCUGUCCCAGAGGGCCUGAUCCGCCUCUACAGCAUGAGGUUCUGCCCCUACGCGCACAGGACGCGCCUGGUCCUCCGGGCCAAAGGCAUCAGACAUGAAGUUAUCAACAUUAACCUGAGAAACAAGCCUGAGUGGUACUUUACAAAGCACCCUUUUGGCCAAAUUCCUGUCCUGGAGAACAGCAAAGGUCAACUGAUCUAUGAAUCUGUCAUUGCUUGUGAGUACCUGGACGACACUUAUCCUGGAAGGAAGCUGUAUCCAUAUGACUCUUACGAGCGAGCUCGCCAAAAGAUGUUAUUGGAGCUAUUCUAUAAGGUCCCACAUUUGACCAAGGAGUGUCUGGUAACAUUGAGAUGUGGGAGAGGAUGCGCUGAUCUGAAGCUAGCCCUGCGUCAGGAGUUCUGCAACCUGGAAGAGAUUCUUGGCUAUCAGAACACCAUCUUCUUCGGUGGAGACUGUAUAUCCAUGAUUGAUUACCUCUUUUGGCCCUGGUUUGAGCGGCUGGAUGUAUAUGGAAUAGCUGACUGUGUGAACCACACCCCCGCACUCCGGCUCUGGAUCGCAGCCAUGAAGCAGGACCCCACAGUAUGUGCUCUGCUCAUAGAUAAGAACAUCUUCCUCGGCUUCUUGAAUCUCUAUUUUCAGAACAACCCCGAUGCCUUUGACUAUGGCCUAAGUUGCUGAGCCUUGCAGUCUACACAUUCACCACCCAGAAUUCCCAAGCAUGUCGUGAUUCUGCAUCAGCACUUGUUUUGGUGGGGCAGUCAAUCUCUGUUCAUUUUCUUUGAGGUUCCCAAUAAACAUGGAGACAGAAUCAUUUCUGAUAA